AUGCUUACGGAGCAAGAAGUCGAGCUUAACCGCAAUCUCGCAGGGCUUCAAGAAAGAAUUAAGAACAACUUUGAGCCUGGAGUACUGGACAAGUUUCAACGAGAUCUAAGUGAUGCAAUUCAAGGGAGGCCCAAAAUUCCGCCAAAACCCAUGUUUCGGCGGCAAAUAUCAAUUAACGAUAGAUACUUCAAGAUGGAUUUCACACCAGAAAGAAAAUAUGGAUCGAUUUCUGAAAAUGAGCUUCAUCGACUUCAUGAUACCUCGGCUGAUCUGGAAGUGAUCAGGCAAACAUCAAUUGAGCUCAAAAUACGGCGUUCUUCGUCAAAAGUUAAUGGAACACGCUUCAUGAAAUUUGUGAAUGACAGGAUUGAAGAUCAAGUUGAAUUGAUCAGUAACGAAAAAGUAUUCGUCGAUGCCGCAAACGCUCAAUACGAAAGGACCGGCAAUUUGCCACGAAACGCAGUCGAAAUUUCGGAGGAUGAAUUCAAUCAGGCAGCUUAUGACUGUGGAAACUUGCACAUUCGAUAA